AUGGCCUCCCCCGCCCUCGCCAGGGCGUCAACGCUCGCCCGAAGCGCGUUCACGAUCGCCAGCGGUGUCACCGCGGGCUCAGUCAGCGCGGUUACCGGCCUCGGCGGCGCCGUCGUCUUCAUCCCGGCGCUCUCCAAGCUCGGAUACGAGGCGAAACACAUCGUCGGCACCGCCGUCGUGGCGGUCACCGGUGCCACCGCGGCGGGAUCGUUCGCGUACGCGCAGAACGGCGUGAGCGACGUCCCGGCGGCGACGACGGUGGGGUUGGUGGGCGCGAUGUGCACACCCGUCGGACAAAUGUUGGCGAAGAGAUUGAGCGGGAAGACGCUGCGGAAGGCGCUGGGUGGGGCGUUGAUCUUGUGCUCGCCGAGCGCGAUGCUGAAGAAACACGUGGACGAGGUGGAGGAGCCGCAAGAGGCAAAGGCAGGGUGGGCGAUCAAGGUCGAGCGGCCGGCGCCGACGAACACUUGGGAAAUCGUGAGGAAUCAAUUCUUGGAUCGACACGAUAAGUGGGGCGGAUGGAUGAAGGCGUUGGAGGGAGAGCGGGAAAUACUUGCGCUCGGAGUGUGCUGUGGGAUGCUGCAGGGGACGGUCGGCGUCGGUGGGGGUGUGCUUGUGAGCGCGUACCUCACAGGAAUGACGGACAUGGAGGUGCACAGAAUCUGCGGGACGGCCCUGUUGGCCACGGUGUUGACGAACACGGCUGUGAGCGCGGCGCACAUCAGGGCGGGAAAUGUGCGGUUUCGAGCGGCGGCGCUCUUGGCGGGAUCGGCGAUGACGGCGUCGUACCUGGUGGCGAAGAACGUAUCCAUGCAGAUCCCGGAGACGUACGUGAAAAACUUCAUUGUAAUCGCGCUCGUUUCGUCCGGUGUCUCCAUGUGGAGAUGA